GUUCUCUGGCAUUCGUGGUAGUGGGGGUGGUUGUUGCAGUGGGCCAAACAAAACAAAUACUUGGAGGAUUUAGACAAAAAUUGUCCAUGAAAAUAAUGGAAGAAGAAUGGCAUUUCAAUCUUGAAAUUUGACAGCACCUUGCAAUACGAGUGUCGAGCUGGUUUAUCUUGGUGUCACUACGAAAAUGGCCAACGAUCGUGAGGUCUUGCGUGAAAUUUGGGAUGGUCGGGUUCCUGUGUGCUUUCAGCUCGACUCCAGUGAGGUUAAUGGGCUGCAGGCACCCGAUCCCUACUACCUGAUGGUACCAAGAUUGUCGUAUUUCCCACUAGUCACUGAUAAGGUUCGACGUCAUUUCCAAAGAUAUAUUCAUCCCGAUAAGCACGAUGCAGAAAUGUGGGUGGACUUUAACGGACAGCCUUUAAAAUGGCAUUACCCUAUAGGGGUUUUAUUUGAUCUUCACAUACCAGAAAUUUCCCUUCCAUGGUGCUUAACUAUACACUUUGAUAAGUUUCCCGAGGCAGAACUGCUGCAUUGCUCCUCAAGGGAAGCUGUAGAAUCUUAUUUUAUGUCAUGUAUUAAGGAAGCAGAUGUCUUAAAGCAUAGAAGUCAAGUAGUAUCAAACAUGCAGAAAAAAGAUCAUAACCAGUUAUGGCUUGGAUUACAAAAUGACAAAUUUGAUCAAUUUUGGGCUGUAAAUCGAAAGCUUAUGGAGGUUGGCAGUGACGAAACUUUCAAAUAUAUUCCAUUUCGGUUGUAUCAGGGAGAUGAACCUUUCAUACAACGCUUAGUCAAACCUGUGACAGAAGAAGGUCAAAGGAAAACUCUGUUUCAAUUUUUGCAGGAAAUUUACGCAGAAAAUGCCAGUAAAGUCAAAGUAACAACGCAUGGAGUAGAGCCACCAUCCGAUACCCCUCUGCAGUGGAUGAGUGAACACCUAAGUUAUCCAGAUAAUUUCUUACAUUUGUGUGUUGCUUUCUAGUAUAAUUAACGCCAGACAGUACAGUGUCCGACUUUGGAAACAUUUUGUCACUCAAGAGCUGGGAAAUAAACUUAAAUUUAAUUUUGUC